UACAACACGCGUGUGAGGGCCCAACCCUACAUAACUUCCAUUCUGGUCUGACUGAGAGGACGAACCCCCACUUCACAGCACAGGGAGGGACGGCGAGGACGGAGAAAGUGUGUGAGAAAGAGUGAGUGAGACAGGGAGAAAGUCCGAGGAUGAGAGUUGAUAUCGGAGGAGGGCCAAUGGCGUCUUGAGCGCACACGUGUGUGUGCGACAUAUCUGGACAAAUGAAGGUGAUCCUGAGCCUGGACCAGUCGAAGCACCGCAGGUUCUGAUGUGGUUUUGUAGGAGGUGUUUGGAAAACUCUACUCGACCGACAACUUCUGGACAAACAUCCUGGACUUAGAGAGGAUCUACAACUUUUCACCGGCUAGAAUCGGAUUGGAAUUUCCGCCCUUCUAAUGUGGUUUGCUGGGAGCACAGUGCUAAGUGUGGGUAUUUGUGGACGAUGGGUCAGUGUGCCUAUCUGGACAGCUUGAGCUUUCACACAUCACAACCAGAGAUUUCUCUUCCUCUGCGUUUCACAUUCUUUGCUCUGAAUCAACAACACAGAAAUAGAGUAUCGGAGAGUCCCCACAAGGUGAGUCAACCCAACAGAGCAAGAGGAGAGUGACCCUGCCUGAGCGACGGCAUAACAGUGCACCAACGACCUCGGUGCCCACUCACCACUUAUCGUUCAACAAGUUCGAAGACACUGGAAGCUGUUUGAGCAAAGCUGAGUCAUUCAUUCAUGACUGGAGACGACUAAAAACAAAACUAAAACUAAAACAGUGUUGUGACUUCCUCUUCAACUUAAUGAGGAGAUCACACAGAGGCUGAAGCAGAGAGAGAAGCUCCUUGAGAGGAACCAGGGCUAAUUUUGAAUCUGAAAUGAAUUCAUUCUGUCUGCCUUUGUCUGUUUGAUGUCAUCAAUACGUCAAAACUAGAAACUUUGAACUGGUUGGACCACAUCAUCCUCUGUUGUGGUACUACUGCCGACCCACAGCUGUCUGAGGCCUUGACUCACCUCUUAAAUCUAGACCUCUGGAUUUCUCCUGCACUCACCCGGCCAUGGAUUCACUGGGUGGUCCGUACCUCAACAAGAAGGCCCUCUGCUCACCUCUGGGUGCUGCCCGCCUCUGCCAGUUGGCCUUGGGCUGUGCUGUGAUCGCCAUGGUAGCCCACAGUGCCGGCUACAGUGGGUCACAAGGUGUGUUCUGCAUGGCGGCGUGGUGCUUCUGCUUCGCCAUGACGGUCGUGGUGUUCUUUCUAGAUGCUACCCGUCUCCACAGCUGCCUCCCCAUAUCCUGGGACAACCUGACGGUCACGUGUGCGGCCUUCGCCACGCUCAUGUAUGUUACAGCCUCCGUGGUCUACCCUCUCUUCUUUGUUCAAAUCGAGUGUCCCUACGCCGGCUGCGAAGUCCGAGAUUUCCGCAUCGCUGUCACCGUCUGCUCCAUCAUGGCCACUCUGGCCUACGGGGCCGAGGUGGCUCUGUGCCGAGCCAGGCCGGGCCAGGUUGUUGUGGGCUACAUGGCCACCGUCUCUGGCCUCCUCAAAGUCGUGCAGGGUUUCGUUACCUGCAUCAUCUUCGGAGCCCUGGCCAACGGGAGCGAGUAUUCCCGUUACGCUGCUACAAUCUACUGUGUUGUGGUCUAUGCUUUCUGCUUCGCUCUGACUGCCCUGGUGGUCAUAAUGACCGUGUGUGGUCGGACCAAAGCUGUGCGCUGCAUGCCCUUUGACCGCUUUACAGUGGUGUGCACCCUCCUGGAAGUUCUGCUCUACCUGAGUGCAUCAGUGGUGUGGCCCGUGUUCUGCUUUGACACGAAAUACGGGUCGCCAUGGAGACCGUCGUCAUGUCCCCAGGGGAAGUGUACGUGGGACAGCAAGGUUGUUGUGGCUGUGUUUUCUUUCGUCAACUUUGUUCUGUACCUGGUGGACCUGAUCUACUCCCAGAGGAUCAAAUUUGUCUCCUCACAUGUCCCCACUUUCUCACGGGCGUAGCACCACAUGGAAAACUUAUUUUCCAUCACUGGCUCAACAGGUUUUUCCUUUAGUUCACGCCUUGUGAUUUUGCGAGUGCACUUGUUUGAAAAAGCCAGAAUCGAUUGAGGGGGAGAAAUAGAUACGAGGCCCUGCACAUCACUGGGGCUGCACGUGGUACCACUGAGGCAUCCUGACACCCCAAAUUAAAUCUGUACUGUGGAAUGUGAACAAUGAGUUGUGGCACUAUGACCCCUCUGCCACACCCCACUGAGGAGACACCCCAUCCUGCUGACUGACCCCUUCUGCCCUUUGAGAAAUCCAGGGAGAACCACUCCCCUCCGCCAAACAGCCAGGCCCCAAUCCUCAUAACACCAGACACUUCCUGUGCUCUUGACCUGGGGCGUAACACACAUUAACUUGCUAUUUAUACUGUAUUUGCAUUCAAAAUACUACAUAGAUGUCUCGGAUAUUAACAGCAAAUCUGAUAUAGGCAUGCGUGGCAUCUGCAAACCCCCCAUCAGCGAUUUACAGAUAUUACCCAGGCUGCCAAAAAUAAACAUGAGCUGUCUGCCCUCAUACUGGAGCUGUGAGACACCAUUUAUAAGAAGCUGCCAUUUUUAAAGCCUCUCUACGAAAUGUUUCUGUCAGUCUAUGAUAAAAAAUACAAACUACUUCAAACAUCAGACAGCUCUCUAAUACUGAAUCGACCCAAAGUUUUUGUUUUUUAAGUCAAUACUCACAGUUGCACAAUGUGAUGAUGGUCAGUGUGACCCAGGAAUGUUUGCCUGCUCUCACAGAACAAGAUAAAUGUGACCUGACAUGUCUGUAACCAACAGGUCUGAUGUAAAAAAAAAAACAUUUACUUUCCAUUUCCAACAUUUACACUGGCAGUUAAAAAAGAUCUGAAAUGAUUUACACUCAAAUAAGAUGAGUUCAUUUAUUGACAUAGAGCAGCUUUAAUCAAUAUCUUUGAGCUCAUUGUGUAGUUGCAACACACAGACUCACACAACAUCAUUUCUCACCUCAAGCUGUGUUUGUUGAAGAUGCUCUUAUGUAAUCAACUGUGCACGUCACCACACAGACUGAGUUGGCUGGUGAACACAGUGGAGCAUUUAGCAGCUUUGAAUAAUGAACUCAGAUCAGCUGAGUUCUGCUUAAAGUAAAUCUGUUGAGUCUGUAGACAUGAGAGCAAAUUCCAUUAAUUUUGUUUGCGUGUGACACACAAGUAAUGUUAUUUUAUUAUUUGAUAUGUUACCUGUGUGGAGACAGAAGAUUUUUAAAUGUAAUGACUUCGGCCAAGGAAGUCAUGUUUUCAUGACCUCUUAGCAGCAUUAUGCAAAAACUGCAGAACUGAUUUUAUUCUAACCUGGUGGAGGUAUGUGAUAUGGGCCAGGAAGCAUUAACUUAUGCAUCGGAUUCAAUUAAGAGAAAAUAUAAAGGAAUAUUUUGUUUUAGUUGUAUAUGGUUUAUGUAUCUGAUCUAACAUGGUUAAUCAGCUUUGUUCUUUUUACUUCUCAAAUUAUCUUAUAUCCAGAGUUUUGUUUAUACACAGAAGGUGGAUGUUUUUUUUUAUGAUUUAAGUGGUCUUACUUUACAUAUUUCCACAAAAACACAAUCUCCCACCAGCAUUAAACAGAAUAAGGAAGAAAUGCAAGCAACUCCACACAGAAGACAAAAUGAAAAACAAAAAAACUAACCUGGCUGAAGUGAGGAUAUGAGCAUGAAAAUUUGAAAUGUCCAGCAGAUCUGUCCAACAUCACAUGAAAAAUUGCCCUUGUAGAAUAAACAUUGAAAUUGUG